AUUUUCUAUUUUAUAUAUAUAUACAGAAUGAGUCAACCUGUUCACUCUGUGCUUUUUGACCAAAAGAACACUGGAUAUUAUGAUAAUACGGCAACAUCCAAUGGUGACGGAUUACAGUUCUACGCGUCCAACUAUAACGAUCCUUCUUAUAUGACCUCUUCAUCUUACUACGGCCCUACUAAUCCUUCAGCAACUACUUCUCUUCAUCAAACAGGAGCUUCUACCUCAUCAAUGGGUGGAACAGCAGUACCAUCUGGUGACAUGCGAUCUGGUUUUGACUAUGGACAAUCUGGAGGAUUUUGGAGUGCAUUUGGAACUGGUGGCUUUGAAGACGAACCUCCUCUAUUAGAAGAAAUUGGGAUUAAUCUACAACAUAUACAAGCCAAGAGUUUGACGGUAUUGAAUCCUUUUCAAAAAGAAACUAAUAACAGUCAUCGAAAAAAACGUCCUACUGAUCGAAAUAUGCCUCCCAAGAUUGAGGCCUUCGUACCUGAAUCCGCAUUAUAUACAGAACUUAGUGAAUUCGAAAAGAAACUGGACGCGACCAUUAUGCGAAAACGUUUAGACGUGCAAGAAGCAAUUGGAAAACCCGUCAAGGUUAUGCGUACUUUACGAAUCUUUCUCUCCAACACAUCUGCCGAUCAAGUUAGUUCCCGUACUGAGGACGAAAAUUCGUUUGAUUUAAACAAAGGCAAUCCUCCUUCUUGGACACUGAAAAUAGAAGGACGAUUAUUGGAUCCUGUCAUUCCAACAAAGAAAGCUCAACCUAUUCAAAAAUUCACAUCUUUCUUUCGAUCCAUUGUGGUGGAAUUGGAUCGUGAUCCCAAUCUAUAUCCUGAAGGAAAUAUUAUCGAGUGGCACAAACAAGCUGAUGCAACAGAAUAUGAUGGUGUAGAAAUCAAACGAACUGGUGAUAUGAAUGUCAACGCACGUAUUAUUUUAGACCCUGAAUACAACCCACAAAAGUUCAAGCUCAGUGAAGGUUUGGCACAUCUGAUCAACAUCAAAUUGGAUACAAAACCUCGCAUUAUCAUGGAACUAUGGAAUUAUAUCAAGAAUCAUAAAUUACAAGACAAUGAAGAUAAACGUAUUAUACAUUGCAAUCCUCCUUUGGCUCAGCUAUUUGGGACACGCCAAGUCCAUUUUUCUGCACUACCUGAUUUGAUCAAUCAACAUUUGACUCGCCCUGAUCCAAUUGUUUUGAAUUAUACCAUUCGAGUGGAUAAAGAAAGCUAUCAAUGUCCAAAAGCAUUUGAUGUAGAUGUGGAAUUAGACAGUGUAAUCCGACAAAAGAUGCUCAAUCAAGUAUCAUCACAACAAUCACAAAAGCAAAUCAUGGAAUUAGAUGAUAAGAUUGUCCAAUGUGUACAAAGCAUCAACAAUUCAAAGAUUAAACGUGACUUUUUGCUACAGUUUUCCAAACAUCCUGUAGAAUUCAUCAACAAAUGGAUCGCUAGUCAGGCAAGAGAUUUGGAGGUCAUACUUGGUGAAAGUAAAGUGAAUCUAGAAGAAAUGCGUCAAACCGACUUUUAUAAACAAUCAUGGGUCAAGGAAGCUGUGUUCCAUUAUCUCACUGCCAAGACACAACAACGAAUGCAAGAGUUGAUGAAUGUACAACAACAACAACAGCAGCAGCAACAACAACAACAACAAAUGCAUCAACAACAAUUACCACAUCCUCAAGGACAACCACAAUAUAGGCAAUAGUAUAGUCGGUAGAUGAUUAUCUUUUUUUUUUUUUCUGGAUAACACUCUCUUCCAAGACAUCUUUUCAUUUUUUUAUUAUUUUUCUCUCUCUCUCUUGAUUUAUAUAUAUAUUUAUUGUGAAUAAUAAUAAUAAAAAAAAAUAAAGAUACAAUCAUGA